UGCCACCUGUCAGUGUCCAUCAGUGCCAGUAUCAGUGCCACCUAUCAUGCCAAUCAGUGCCACCUAUCAGUUCCAGUCAGUGUCACCUAUCAGUGCGCAUCAGUGCCGCCUAUCAGUGCCAGUCAGCGCCGCCUAUCAGUGCCAGUCAGUGCCGCCUAACAGUGCCAGUCAGUGCUGCCUAACAGUGCCAGUCAGUGCCGCCUAACAGUGCAGCCUAUCAUGGCCAUAUAGCAGUGUCAUGUAUCAGUGCUGCCUUUCAGUGCCCAUCAGUGAUGCCUGUCAAUGCCCAUCAGUGCAACCUACCAGUGCCUCCUCAUCAGUGCCCGUUAG